AUGGUUCUUGACUCCCUUUUGUCUACUCCUGUUCUGAGGUCACCAUCUCUCAGGAGGCAGUAUGCGAAGCAUGAACUGGGAAGCUGGUCAACACUGGUGAGGAGGCACCGAUUCCUCUUAGCUGCUAUUGCUUUACUAACUGUCCUCUGUACCAUUUAUCUAUAUUUUGCAAUUACAUUAGGGGCCAAUGACUCCUGCUACGGGUUAAGUGGACCUCAGAAAGCUUCCUGCCAUAUGAAGCUUCUUAAGGCUUCUGCAGCCAAUGGUAAACUCAGAAGUCUGAGACAACCAGGGUUUUAUUUUAAAUAA